AUGCCUUUCGCGCAGCUGGUUAUUGGCCCCCCGGGUGCCGGAAAGUCGACAUAUUGCAAUGGAAUGCAUCAAUUCCUAGGCGCAAUCGGCCGCAAAUGCUCUAUCGUCAACCUCGACCCCGCCAACGACAAGACCUCGUAUCCAUGUGCGCUGGACGUACGCGACCUUGUGACGCUGGAGGAGAUCAUGGAGGACGAUAAGCUCGGCCCAAACGGAGGUGUGUUAUACGCACUAGAGGAGCUUGAAAAGAACUUUGACUGGCUGGAGGAGGGGCUGAAGGAGCUCGGAGAUGACUACAUUCUAUUCGACUGUCCCGGCCAGGUCGAGCUAUUUACACACCACUCUUCAUUACGGAAUAUCUUCUUCAGGAUCCAGAAAAUGGGCAUCCGGCUGAUCGUGAUUCACCUCGUCGACUCGUACACACUAACUCUCCCCUCGAUGUACAUCUCCGCCCUCCUCCUCUCCCUCCGCGCUAUGUUGCAACUCGACCUCCCACACCUAAAUGUCCUCACAAAAAUCGAUAACCUCUCCAAUUACGCCCCUCUUCCCUUCAACCUCGACUAUUACACGGAAGUGCAAGAUCUGUCAUAUCUACUCCCACACCUAGAAGCCGAGUCUUCCCGACUAUCUCAUGAGAAGUUCGGCGCCUUGAACCAAACGAUCAUCGACCUCGUGGAGGAAUUCGCACUCGUCGGGUUCGAGACACUGGCCGUUGAAGAUAAGAAGAGUAUGAUGAGUCUGCUGAAUGCUAUCGACCGUGUGUCCGGAUAUGCAUUUGGCCCCGCCGAGGGCGCGAAUGAUACCGUCUGGAAGGUUGCAGUUCGCGAAGGGAUGGGUAUUACCGAUGUCCGGGAUGUGCAGGAGCGGUGGCUUGAUGCUAAGGAUGAGUAUGACUACCUUGAAGAGAAGGAGUUGGAGGAAGAGGUGCGGUUGCGCAAUGCCGCGAGCCAGGUUGAGAAGACCGGUGCACCAGAGACAGAUGACGCUGCGGCUAGCGACGAUGAUGGUGAAUUCUAUGACGAGGAAGUAGAAAAGUGGAAGGCCAACAUGCCAGAUCAUGGCAUAAAGGUGCACCGCAAGUCAUGA